AGCGAAGCAGGGGCUGGAGCCGAAGCCUAGCCAAACAGAAAGCGCAGGAAAGGCGACGGGCGGAAGGCGCGCCUAUCGAGAAGCUGGGCGCCGGAAAAGGACGGGCCUAAGAUGGCGGCGCCCAUGGGUGCCAGGAGGAGCCGCUCAUGUCGGGGAACGGAGCGGUGUGGGGACGCGUGCGAGGCCGCCUCCGCGCCUUCCCCGAGCGCCUUGCGGCCUGUAGGGCCGAGGCCGCGGCUUAUGGCAGGUGUGUGCAGGCGUCCACAGCCCCGGGCGGCCGCCUGACGAAGGACCUCUGUGUGCAGGAGUUCGAGGCCCUGCGGAGCUGCUUCGCCGCCGCGUGCGUGUGCUGCCCUCAGGAGCCCUCUGCUAUUUUAAUGUGCCAUUCUUCACGGAAGCACUUGUGCGGAGCUGCAGGAGGCCGAAGGGGCGUUGGGCUCCAGACCAGCUUCGUCCCAGGGAGCCCUGUCCCUGGGCCAGUGUUUCAGCAGCUCUGCCUCAGCGUUUUCUGCCAAGACGACCCCAAGGGGAGGCCUUUAGGAUGGACAAGCCUGCACUACAUUUGUGUUUGCUGCCCACAGCCUUGAGGGACAGACGCCUGAGACAUCUAAAGCUUUUAGAGCUAAAAAGACUGCACGCUCAUCAGGGCAAGACGUGGGCAGACGGGGGAUGUGGUUUUCUUGCCUCGUGUAUGUAAGGUUUCUGGUUAGAGUAAGAAGCGACAAAGCAACAAUACAGACUGUGGCAGACCA